AUGGGUAAUCAACAACAAACGGGUCGUACCCGUAGCGAUACGUACACACGAUAUGAAAGAGAUGGCGAAGAUGGGCGUUAUGUGACACUCGACCACAAUGACUUAGGACCAAAUAGCCAUUUAUCCUCCUUCGACGAACGAAUCUCACCAAGACAAGAUUCAAGUUUACCAAUACGUAUACGAAAUCAACGUCAAAUGCAACAACAACACACACAACACGCAGUGCCUGCAGAAUUACAAAAUGAAAAGAAAACGAUACCAGUUGUAUUUAGAUAUCCAGCUUCACCAAAAGAUAAAGAAGCUUUACUAGUUGGUUCAUUUACUAAUUGGAAAGAUACAAUUAUCAUGGUUAAAAGUGAUAAUGAUUUUGUUGCUAUUUUGGAAUUACCAGAAGGCAAACAUGAAUAUAAAUUUUCUAUUGAUGGCCGAUGGGAAUAUGAUUUAAAUGAGCCAUCAGUAGAUGAUGGUCAUAAUGGUCGUAAUAAUGUUGUUACGGUUAAAAAGAGUGAUUUUGAAGUUAUGGAAGCACUUACGUCUGAUUCAAUCAUAACCAAUAGUCAAGGUUCAGGCAUGCAUAAACAACAAUCUGAAGAUCCAGAUAUGGCUCGUUCACCACCAGGUUCAUAUGAUCAAAAUUGGCCACCAGCUAAUCGUGAAGAAUUUUCUCCAUCAGAUAAACCACCAUUUUUACCACCACAUCUUCUCAAUAUCAUACUUAAUAAAGAUACAGCUGCUCAUUAUGAACCCGCUCUCUUACCUGAACCGAAUCAUGUAAUGUUAAAACAUCUCUAUGCAUUAUCAAUUCGUGAUGGAGUAAUGGUUUUAAGUACAACAACACGUUAUAAACAAAAAUUUGUUACAACGUGUUUCUAUAAACCAACAGGCAAAUAA